GACAAAAAGUUGAUCCAGUGCUUCGUCGUUCGUCGGCACCACAACUCGAUGGCCAACAUCGACGGCAGAUAUUGCGCAACAGUAUUGUCGCCGUGUUAAGAAGCGCUUUUAUCUUAUGCGCGCACACCGACCACUGCAUUGGUAGUUCACCUCCUCUUUAGUAAAAUUUUUUUGUACUUCUACUCCAGCUUCCUCGGGAGAAAGUCUCCGUGCUAUUGAAUACUUCACUCUAGUUUUGCUGUUGCUUUAUCCGAGACAUGAAGAAACGACUCUGACCCAGAUCCACGACGCCCAAAUCGCCCGACAUGUUCCGCGCUCUAUUACAGCAACUCAAAACCGCCGGGCGAGCGCUGCAAUACCGAGUUUGGAUGCGGCGAGGAGAACCUGGGAGUUGUGAUCUAUCGGAUUCCGGUUCAUCCGAGUCGCUGUCUGCGGAAAGCAGCGUUCGUGUCGACGAAGCCAUUGUCGUCACAUGGUGGGAGAGGAUAGCAAGCCAGGCGAUGAAGCGAAUGCGGCGCAAGCGGGUUAGCGUUCCCUCUCUGGAAAGCAUCGAGGGCUGGGCAACACUCGCCGUGCGGCUUUUGAGGAGAAGCCUGAUCUCGGGCGAAGAAUCCGAAGACGCGCAAAAAGUGGCAGAUGAUGCGGAUUUGUGGCGCUGGCUACAACGAGAGCUUUACCCGAUUGACUUCACGGACGCGUCGGGCGAGGUGCUCGCGGAAGGUACCUCCUAUACGGAAAUUAAGACACAGUAAAAUAGACGUAUUUAUUUUUAUACUGGUGUUAUUUGUGUUGGUUCUGGUUGCGGAACACGAAUAUGUCUACGUUUUCUUGGCAUGCACGAUAGUUAGCGGAAGCGUAGUCGUGAACGGACCACUGAAUCGAAAAUUUCAUCCACCUGUGAGGUGCAUGCGUGCCAGCAUCCUCGUUCAAUAGGGAAGACUACGGAAGUGAAUUUCUCCACCGAGCUAGACAAAAGUCGUCGCAGCCAGUGCCACAAGAGUGCUACGACAUGCUCAGGAGCCCGGAUUACAGCCCGCUGCCGCACGUAGAUGCAACUAACACAGUCCCGAAUACCACGGGCGUGCCGCUACGAUACCGUGUACUGUGUCGAUUUCCGGUUCACGCACAAGCCGGACCAAAUCAGGAAGCGCGCGGGCGGGUCAGUGCAGAAGCAGAUGAACUAGGUGCGCCAAUCUGGGCCCGCAUUCGCGAAAUCGAUCGAGCUACGGAGAAUCUUGACCUAGAUGAUGAAGUGCCGGAGCGUUCGGCGUUAGAGCACGAAUGGUGGGACCUGUGCGCGGAGCACUGCCGGGGCACGUACAUCGAGAGUAGGGAAAUCCUGGAAGUGCGACUGUACUCGACCGGUGUGCUGUUCGCUUUUCUCAACGACACCUUUUUGGGAAGCGCAUUGCACUUCCGCGCGAUGACGGGGCCGCACUACGGAUAUCGAUGUCCCUGGCGACGCACUGCGUGGGAUCCGGAGAAGCGGACUUGGACCUUCUCCCUCCUCGAUUUCCCACCAACGCAGGAGACGUUUCAUUUGAUGUCCUGGGACAGCGACGUAUACAACUUCGAGGAUUUUUAUGCAUAUUGCCCGUUCGAGGUGCCGCCUGACGAUAGGCCGUUUUACAAUCACUUUGUCCUGAAAGCGCAAGAAGACACGCUCCUGCGCUGCCAGUACUACGCGUCCUUGCCGAUCGCGCAGCGGCUCUGGGCGGUUCUGACUCGCGACGAGAUGGCACCUGCCAAAAUUUUGGUUUUUUUGGACCCCGACGACGAGAGCGAGACAUCAGCCCGCGUCCCGUCGCUCGUGCCCGCCCGCACGAAAGAAGACAAGCGGCGCACCUACAACAUGCUCAAGAAGCUGUGUGAGACGUACCCAGCGUUCAAUGUGGUUCGCUACGCGCUGGAGGAGAACGCCGACAGCCUGGUUUAUGAAGCACUGAGGAGCGGCAAGGAAGAGGCGCCGACGGAGGUCGUGGUGUUGAUCCCCCGGAGCGACCUGCCUGUCAACAACUGGGCAUACCUAUGCAUCACAAACAUAUCUCGGUCUAGGAGGGUGCAAGGCUUGUCAUAUCUUUGUUUAAUAAACUACACGACCUUAAUAAAAGUCUGAGAUCAUGCCUGGGCAUGACAGGCCCCUCCGGCCCGUCUUGCAACUACGGAGUCUGCCAUGAGCAGUACGCGAAAAGGCAUAGCAGCGGAAAAACUUCUCAUGCGUGACUGCGUAUUGUAGUGCAUGUGCAUCCACCAUUGACGACAUACCUACUAGCAUUGCAACUUUCCAGAGCCAGACACUUCUGCACUUGAUAAUACCCCGAUGCAGAUGAGGAGAUGGAGGCCGCCGCGGACGGGAACGAGGAGGGAGAAUCCGAGGAAACGGAUGACGAGGCAGUAUCCCAUGCAAGAGGAGUAUGUAUCGGGUGUGCAGGCUGCGUUCAUGUGGAGCAUGCAUCGAUUUGAUGGCGCACCUGUGUUUCAUAUUAAUUUCAGAAAAAACUACAAGCACAAGAACCGGUAGGUAUAAACAGCCUGAAAGCAGUACUAGUCACACACUAACAAGAUACGUCAUUUGCGAUGCAUAGCAAGAGCAGGACGAUGAGGACGACGAUAGAGAGUCCGUUAGCGGGGAAGAGGAUGAAGAAGAAGAGGGAGACUUCGUCCACGACAGCCUCGAGAGAACACCUCCGACAGCAGGGCCGGCAAGAACAGGCACCCCCCGCGCCGCGGAGAAGAGCACUGGAGUACCAGCCAGGUUCACGUUGAGGGAACUUUGCUUCUGCAGUUUUAUGUGUUGCAAAUAUGCAGCCACGGUUGUCGAGAUGGAAAGCCGAGCCGUUGGGGCGGUUCAUUGUUCUAAAACUAAAUUUGCUGCAAGUACAACGUAAAAUAACAGGAUUGCAAUGUAAUUGUAAAGUCCAUCAACGCUUUCUCUCCCGAGGACCGUGGCAUGUUUGCAGAGGAUAUGCAUAACGUGUUUUGUUUGCGGUUGCUGGGUCGGGUGGAUUGUGGCUGCGUGCAUGUUUCACCCGGGCAUUUCAAGUACCACUGAUGGUCCAGCGUACGGACGGCACGAGAUGAACGUUGGAAGCCGAGCGACGAUUUCGGAGACGCCGCUGCAGCGUGACCAUGAUGCGGAGGGCGCAACAAGGUCGGGACGAGCAGGUGUCGCGAUACCGGGGUCAGCGGAAACGAUGGUAGUCAUUCCUGCGAGCAGUCUACCGACCAACAACUGAAAGUGCUACGCCACCAAGGGAUGCGGACGCCGGAGCAAAGGAGAAAUCGAAAAUGAAAGUAUCACGGUCAGUCCUAGCAGAACUGCAACUGUAUGAUGAAGACUAGUCGAGACCUAUUGUGACACUGAGGAUCUUUUUGAAGCAGAAGCUCGAGCCGGUAGAAAGUAAAAAUGAACAAUGCGUCGGCAUUGCAGAACCAACCCCCAGCACCGGCUUUUCUUGUAUGAUGAAACAAAAUUAUAAAAUGUGCCGGCUCUUGUAUGAUGAAAAAAAAAACUUCAGCUUUUGAUGCUCCUCUUCCUCGACCAUGCAGACCUACUUUUGAAUCUGCAACUCCUCGCGCAAUCAGAAGUAGCACGCCCCCGCGCCACAAGGAGGCCAAACUGCUGCAUAUCACUAUUUUCUCAUGUUGUGUAGUCGCUGUCGCUGAGAGAAGAUAAGUUCGAGAUUUGAGCACGAAGUACUCGUCGCUGCAGC